CGACUGCACCAGCGCUCCAACAGCACAGCAAGCAACCCGCCAUGGCUACUCUCCAGGCUAUCAAGUACCGCCGAGGAAGUCUCGAGAUCCUCGACCAGCUGCUGCUUCCUUUCGAGAGCGUCUACGAAGAGGUCAAGGACUCCAAGGAUGGACACAAGGUCAUUCGCACCAUGAAGGUCCGAGGAGCGCCCGCCAUUGCCAUCGUCGCCGCUCUCUCGCUUGCUGUUGAGCUGCAUGUCGCCCAGACGCAUCGAUCCGAGCCCAAGCUCCAGUCCAGCGAGAGCGCCGAGACGUUCAUUCUCGAACAGCUCGAAUACCUCAAGACAUCCCGCCCGACUGCAGUCAAUCUGUUCGAUGCUGCCGGAAAGCUUGCCAAGGUUGUCCAGCAAGCUGGUCGCAAUGCACAAGGAUUGAGCGAGCAGGAUGGUGCCAACGCCGUUGUGGCGGCGUAUCUGGAGGCCGCCGAAGUGAUGCUCCAAGACGACAUCAAAGACAACAAGAACAUUGGCAAGUUUGGUGCCGAGUUUAUCCUGGAAAACAAGCCCGCAUCGCAUGAGCGGGUUCAGGUUCUGACCCACUGCAACACCGGAAGCCUGGCUACCGCCGGCUGGGGCACUGCUCUCGGCAUCAUUCGGGAUCUGCAUGGACUGAAUGUGCUCGAGCAUGCGUACUGCACCGAAACUCGACCCUACAAUCAGGGCUCGCGCCUCACGGCCUAUGAGCUGGUCUACGAGAAGAUCCCAGCCACCCUCAUCUGCGACAAUAUGGCCUCGGCUCUGCUGAGCAAGAAGCCCGUCACCGCCAUCGUUGUCGGUGCCGAUAGAGUUGCCGCCAAUGGCGAUACCGCCAAUAAGAUUGGCACCUACCAGCUUGCCAUCGCUGCCAAGCAUCACGGUGUCCUCUUUAUUGUCGCUGCUCCUUCGACCUCAAUCGAUCUGAACAUCCAGUCGGGUGCCCAGAUCCCUAUCGAGGAACGAAGUGGCCUGGAGGUCGUGAGGAUUCGUGGUCAGAACCUUGAGGACGAGGCCGGCAUCAAGGAACCUAGUGGCCCUGCCACCUGCUCGACCGUGCACAUUGCUGCCCACGGUAUCAACGUUUGGAAUCCUGCCUUUGAUGUUACGCCUGCCCAUUUGAUCUCGGCGAUUGUUACCGAGAAGGGCGUAGUCGUCAAGAAGGAUGGCGCCCAGAGCUUUGAGCUCGCCGAGUUCCUUGCGUCGCGCUAGAUAGCCCGACCUCGGGUGUUUGGAGCUGUCGUGGGCAGCGGCUAUAAAAACCAUCUCAAAAGCA